AUGCAAAACAAGGUCUAUUAUUCGAAUGGUGGAGUGUCUUCUGGGUAUUGUUCUCCGCAAAGAGCAGUGGAGCAGGUUCAGAGGACGCAGUCCUUUACACCCAGCAUCAAGCAGCACAGGCUGCCCAGCGACAAUCGAUCCCGCUCAGGCCAGCAACAGCCUCAGCAACCUCGCUACAUGAACGGCACAUCAAGGCCGCCAGGCGCACCGGGCCCAACUCCCAUGCCAAACGGUGUGAUCCCGAACGGUCUCCCAGCAGGCCCAGGAUCAGUCAUGCCCAACGGCACUCAACCGCACGUCAGUUUUGCGGGCAUGCCACAGGUGAAUGGCAUCCCCGGCCCUUCAGGCAUGGCGGGUGGACCGCCACCACAACCUCCCAACAUGCACCAGCCGCACUUGAUGCAGGGCCAGCGCCCGGGCGCCCCCCCGCAGCGCGCGCCAAACGGCGUCGCGCCCUUCGCCUCCCCCACAAUGUCUCACUCCCCUCAAAAUCUGGGCGCUGCAGGCCAGCAGCAGCAGCCCGCGAACCCGCCGCCGAUGGCGCAGCUGGGCGUCCCUGGCGUCCCGCAAGUUCAGAUGGCCCGCGGUGGCAUGCUGCCCCCGAACGGUCCCCAGGGCCCGAUGCUCCCCGCCCAGCAGACGCCGCAGAUGAGCUUCCAGGGUCUUGCGCGGUCACCGAGCCAGCCGGGCUCGCCUGCUCCGAAUACGAUCGCGCGGAGCCCGUCCAUGAACGCUGCCCGCCAGGCAUCGGGCAUGGCGGCGCAGGCCCUGGCGAAUGAAGUGAACCAGGAGCUGAACCGGAUCCCCGCUGCGGUUUUGAAUCAGAUCAAGGAGGAGGUGGGACUGGCUGACAAGGAUUACCCGUCGCUGACAACGGAGGAUAAGCAACGCAUGAUAGCUGCGGCUAGGCAACGAGCGAUGAGGCAAGGGCAACCAGGACGUCCUCCCCCAUCGGGGCCAACGAACGCGACUGCGGGCCCCUCGACACCGUCGAUGCAGCCACCAAUGCAGCACCCGAUGCAACAGCGUAAUGCCCAGCCUUUGCAAUCGACGCCUCAACAACAGCAGCAGCCGCAACGUGGUAACAAGCGAAGUAGCACUUCUCCUGGCCAAGAGCCUGAACAACUACCCCGAAGCGACGCUUCGCCUCCUGACCGCAAGCGCGUCCGUCGAUCGCCUGCGAACGGCGAUCAGCCACAACCGCAGCCACCCCCGAUGGCACCCAUGGUACCAUUCCCGCACCCAUCGCAGCAAGGAGGGCCGGUAGGCCCACACCAGAUGAUUCCCGGAAUGGUGGGUCGGCCAAUGGGUGGCUUCCCGGGCCAGCCAGGGAUGCCGAACACGUUGACGAUGCCAUUGGGCGCGACCAUGAGCCCCGGGAUGAUGAACCAUCCGAUGACGCCACAGCAGGUGCAGCACGUGCAGCAGCUGCAGUACAGGCAGUCGAUGCAAAACCUGCACAAGACCGGCAUGCAACAUUCGGGGAUGGGCAACAUGGUGCCGGGUGGCAACGCUGCCUCGCCGUCCGCGGGAGAGGGAGGGUUCAUUUCGGACGGGCCGCAGUCGCGGCCAGGGACUGCACAGUUCUCUGGUGCGCCUGGUGCACCCGGUGCGAACAGCAGGAUGGGCCCGAAGCCCUUGGGUAUGAUGCCACCGCCCUCACCAAGCCAGAACCCUAAACCCGGCCAGAAAGACGCCAGCGGCGCCAAUGAGACGUCGGCACCAAACGGGCGCCUCGACUCGUCACCACAGACGGGUGCACCAGGACCAGGGCAGGGAUCUGCGCCGGGUUCUGUGCCAAGCACCCAUACGGGCCCGCCCACCCCGAACUCGUCUGGCAAUAUGACCGCCCCAUCUCCCUCGGCGAUGAACACGUCGACGCCGUCGAUGAACGCGAACCACGCGCCGGCCCCCUCUACUACGGACUCGAUCCUGGGGGGCCUGUUUCCGCCGGACUUCAUGCCCCAUAACGGCCUGGACGAUUUCGAUCCGUCGAUCUUCCGACCUGACGGUGAACUCAACUUUGACCGGGACUUUGGAGACUGGUUCAAUUCAGAUAGCAUCGGAGGGUUGGAUCCCAUGAAGUAG